GUUGUGCAUAAUUCUCUUCCCCCGGGUUUCAACUUCCAAAGUGCUAAAAAAAAUUUUGCAAAAUCUAGAAGUUUAUUACAACAUGACUAGAUGCGUCAUCCUCGGCGGCGGGCAUUAUCUUUGGGUGAGCGAGUGAGUUCUUCGGAGUUCCCCACUCACAAUUCACAAAGGCAACACCCUCCACUUUUGUCCAUCCUCCCCCUCACUCUUUUCUGUCUUUCGCUCUUCGUGUGAGGAUAAUUUUAUCUUUCCUUCUCUCUAUAUCUCUCACUCUCUGUGAUUCUAAUUUCUUCCCUGUUCUCUCAAAAGAAUAUAUUCCUUGCUUUCCAAUUUAUUGGUUACCGUUCCUUUUCCGAAGCUCCAAGAGACAUCACAGCUAAAGAAGUCCCCAGUUUGAUUCGAACUUUUUAAAGCUCUCUCUCUCUCUCUCUCUCCCCAAGUCAUUAAGCGAUUGCAACCAAAGAAGAAUAUCAAAGUGGCUGUUCUUUAUUCGUCUUCUUUGCUUUUCUUUGUUUUGUCCCCUGCUUGUUUGCUUCAGUCUGAAGGAGAUUAAAUUUUGGGGUCAAAGAACCUACACAGAUAUGGAACCGGCAGUUCUGGAUGGCAUAAUUAAUAGGCUGCUUGAAGUUAGAGGGAGACCUGGGAAGCAGGUGCAGCUUUCUGAGGCAGAAAUCAGGCAGCUUUGCCUCGUCUCCAAGGAUAUUUUCUUGGGGCAGCCUAAUCUUUUGGAGCUUGAAGCUCCCAUCAAGAUCUGCGGAGAUAUUCAUGGUCAGUAUAAUGAUCUCCUGAGACUUUUUGAAUACGGUGGAUUUCCUCCUCGCUCCAAUUAUUUAUUCUUGGGGGAUUAUGUAGAUCGUGGAAAGCAAGGCCUGGAAACAAUAUGCCUUCUCCUUGCGUAUAAAAUAAAAUAUCCUGAAAAUGUUUUCCUUUUGAGGGGAAACCACGAAUCUGCUUCUAUAAACCGUGUAUAUGGAUUUUAUGAUGAGUGUAAACGAAGAUUCAAUGUCAGACUCUGGAAAAUAUUCACAGAGUGUUUCAACUGCUUACCUGUAGCAGCUCUGAUAGAUGAAAAGAUACUCUGCAUGCAUGGGGGACUCUCUCCUGACUUGCACAAUUUGGAUCAGAUAAGGAAUUUGCGGAGGCCUUGUGAUGUUCCAGAAUCUGGUUUGCUAUGUGAUAUUCUCUGGUCUGAUCCUAGUAAAGAUAUUCAAGGUUGGGGGGCAAAUGAUAGGGGAGUUUCCUAUACCUUUGGUGCUGAUAGAGUGACAGAAUUUCUUCGGAAGCAUGAGAUUGACUUAAUUUGUCGAGCUCACCAGGUUGUGGAAGAUGGAUAUGAGUUCUUUGCUAAUAGAAAACUAGUAACCAUAUUUUCUGCACCUAAUUAUUGUGGAGAGUUUGACAACGCUGGUGCCAUGAUGACCAUAGACGAAACUCUAAUGUGUUCUUUCCAAAUAUUAAAGCCUCUAGAUAAGAAGGCAAAGUUUAGCUUUGGGAGCGCUACUUCAGCUAAGCCUGGUAGUACAACAAAAUUAAAGGUAUAUUUAUUUCAACUAGGCUAUCCUUUAGUAUUGACAAAUGACAUCUUGAAAGUUCUGCGACAACUGAUAUAAUAGGUAGAAUCAGAACAAUUUAGUAGUCAUCAUCAGUGCAGAUCUGAGGGAGGAGAGCACUGCAAAAUAAUGUCUCAAAUCAUCCUAGGGGCAUCUUGAGGUACCAUGAUCUACUCUCUUCCCUGCACCCUAACUGCCAAAAAAAAAAAAGGAAAAAAAGGAGAAAGGUUUUCAACAAGUAAAGGCAGGCAUGCGAGUCUUUUUAACUGUUAAACAUUUCUCUAUUGUUUGACAUAGAAAGUAUAGCCCCGAGCGAUUUAAGAGGAUUUCAUCUGAUUAUCUUGUGUCUCAAUAAAAGGUUUUCCAAAUCAUAUUGCUUAAUGCUAAUGUGAUGAUGUUGUAUGUGUUACCAUGAAUUCAGGGUAGUCAGUUGCCAGUGUGAAUUUAAGAUGUCAAAUCUGAAUCAAUACUACUGAAUUGUUGAAGUGUGUGAUAAUUUCUUCACUCUAAGAUAUCCCAUUGUCAAGGUAACAGUGUCCAAGAUGGGUGCUUCACUUUCAUUAACCAUGAACUAUGAACAAUAAAGUUUUUGAUGGAAUCUCUGGCGAUCUAAUAGAUUAACUGAUUUAAGUAUCCCAGGCCAUGCCCAUAUGUGCUCAGUUUGAGAUGGGUGCCUAUAGUGAAGUGUCCACGUAUAGUAUGCCAUACAUUAUUUUCCUUGAAUCUUGGUAAUUGUAUUUACUCAUUGUUGUUGAAAAUUAUUCCCCAGUUUUAGUAUUGUUGAAGGCCAGCAAUUUUUUUGGGGCUCCUUAUACUUCUUGCCAUAACAAAGUUUAACUGUGUUUUCUUGCGUCAAGUUGUAUUGGUGACGCUGUAUGGCAAACUUACAAUCCUUGCUUGUUAUUGACAGUUGGUUUAACCCUUGGCAUGAGGUUUUUCUAAUCUGCCCAGUGUUUUUGAAAUUGUUGGUCAAGCUGUCUAAUUUAAGUGUGUUUUAGUGGGAGUUUAAAUCUCUUAAUGGGAGCUCCAUUAACCUUGAUCCUCUCAGAUCUUAUAUGAUUUGUCAAGUUAUAGAUCAGCUAACGGAUAAAUAAUGCAAACUACCUUCUUAUAUUGGAAAGGGAUUCUUAUUAUUAAAUGACAUCAUCCAUGAAUAAGUUUCUUUGUUUGUAGAGUUCAACCCCCGUUUCUUUAUCAGUUUUUGCUACAAGUUAUAUGUCAUUAGUGUUUUGCUUUCAUAUUAACUUGAAACUUACUCAUCUUCCAAAGUGGGUGUCUCAGAGGUGUUCUUUUUUAUGUCCCUGUAUAUUGAGCUAAAAAUUGCCUUUAACUUGACAAUAGUACAUUUGAUCCCUAAUGUUCUUAACUAACACUUAAAUUGUUUUCUUUCAUC